AUGUGUCUGCGCGCGUGCACACAAGAACGUAAUCUCUGCCGUAUUCCCUGUGCUUCAUGGAUGCUUUACCUCCUGUUUCUUCUCACAUUUAUGUGUCCAUUACCCAUCUGCAAUCAAGCAACCAAUUUGACUGAGGAAUUAAAUUUGCUACACUGUAGCGAUUGGUUUGUGUACGCGUAUGCGCUUAGGGAUAUGUUAUACGACCGCAGCAUAGCGAGGGUUUUCCUCGUUUUGACAACGCUUUUGUAUGUUUACUACGUUGUGUGGAUCGGUGUUACACCCUUUAUUGUGUCGUCCCACUUCACGCAAAAUUUUUUUCCUCCCCGUGAGUAUGGCAUAUUCGUUGCUGCUGCUGUGAUGACGCUUAUGCUGGGCGUCACUGUCACGUUGGCGUCUGUACGAACCAUAUUGUGGGCCGGGGCGGUGGGUCCGGAGGAAAGCGGGUGA